AUGCGCGACGACGCGCUCGCGGCGUACGAGCGGCGACUGGACGACGUCGAGCGGCGAUUCGAGACGCUGCGGGCGAAAAUGGAGCUCACGCUUCCGUCGGGAAUCACGAAGUGCGCGAGGUCGGGGAUUCGCGCGGCGUUCGCGUCGGCGCGACUGCGGGCGGAGAAGGCGCGAGCCGUCGCGUCGAGGGACGCCGAGCCGCGGCGUCGAAGGCUCGGGUCGAAGGAGGGGCAGCGAGUGCUGCGGUCGUGGAUACUGGCCCAUUUCGAUCAUCCGUUCCCGACGCGGGAGGAGAAGCGGCGGUUGGCGCGCGAGAUCGGGUCGAGCGAGUUUGCCAUCGGCAACUUCUUCAUCAACGCGCGCGCUCGGUUCCACAAACCCCUCGUCAUGGCUCUGGCGGACGAGCUCGAGCGAGAAGGCGUCGACGUGUUGAACGCGAGAGACGAGGAGCGGGUGCGGUAG